AGAUUUCUCGCGCGAGUUCAAAAGUCCAACCUGAUUACUUGAAAUCAAUGUUGCAAUAAAAGUGUCGUUGAAGAAGCGUCCCUCAGUUUGUUAGUUCCUCAGUUUCACUCCGAGCAAAUCAAGAUGAGGUGUGGUGUCUGCGUCGCCUCCUUCAUCGGCCUCGGCCUCACCAUCAUGAGCGGCGCUUUGCUCGGCAUGUACCCGCCCAUCUACAAUCACGUCUUCGAAAACAUGAUGAAAGUCACGCCUGGUUCCUACAGUUACGGCCUAUGGCAUGAGUUGCCCAUUCCCAUGUUUUUGAAGAUCUAUUUAUUCAACGUGACCAAUGCCCAAGAGAUCAUGGAUCGCAAACCGUGGGACGAGCCCAUCGUUCCUAAACUAGUGGAAAUGGGUCCCUAUACAUUUUCGGAGGCUCAUCUAAAGGUGAACGAGCAUUUUGAAGAAGGCACGGGCGAAAAGGUGAAGUUCCAGCAGGUGAAAACCUGGCAUUUCAUGGAGGAGUUGUCCCAAGGUUCACUAGACGAUAUGGUCACCAACGUUGACAUGGUAGCAUUGUCAGCGGCUGAUUUUACCCGUUAUCACAGUCCACUUUUGACGGGAAUCUUAAACACCUUCCUGAAGGCCACGAACUCCAAGAUUUUCCAAACGAAUUCCGUGCGAGACCUCACGUUCGAUGGGUAUUUGGGUCCAAUCUUGGAGGCCAUUCAAAACCCAAUCUUCCAAAAUCUGCCCAUUCCCUACGAUCGAUUUGGCUGGUUUUACCCGAGGAACAAUUCCGGCGAGUACGACGGCUACUUCCAAAUGUACACGGGAGUGGAUACCUUGGACCACGUGGGACAGAUCUGCGAGUGGAAGAAUCUGUCCACUGUGGAUCCAGCGGUCUACCCCGGCCAAUGUGGCCAACUCUCCGGAUCAGCGGGAGAGUUCUUUCCCCCCAAACGAGACAAGACCUUUGUGGAUUUCUUCUCGCCGGAUCUUUGUCGAACAAUUCGAUUCAACUACAAAGAAGAGGCCGAGGUGCACGGGAUCUCAGGCUAUCGCUAUUAUUUGGACGACGAGCUGCUAUCCAACGAGACCAGCCUGCCCGAAAACUCCUGCUACAACCCAAAUCCGGAUCCCACCCUGUACCUGCCCCACGGACUGCUGAAUGUGUCCACGUGCAAGUUCAAUUCCCCAGCCUAUGUGUCAUUUCCACAUUUCUAUCUGGCCGAUGAGGUGCUCGUCAAGCAGUUCGAGCCCGGUACCAUGGUGCCCGAUCCCGAAAAGCACGCCAACUAUCUCAGUUUGAUGCCAGACACAGGGGUGCCGUUAGAGGUGCGGAUCCGGAUGCAAAUCAACGGUCUGGUUCGCUCCUUGGAAAAUGGCCAAUCUCAAAUUGACAUCUAUGAGGGGUUGGAACCGCUUUACUACCCGUUGAUUUGGUUCGAAAACUUGACCGAAGUGGACGAGGAAAUUGCGUCCUUGCUUCGGAUUCUGCCCAAACUCAAUGCAGGCUUCCUUUGGGGCCCGAUCGUAGGCCUGGUCAUUGGCAUUGUGAUUCUGAUCGCCUCUGUAGCCGUGCAAAUGGGUCUAACCUCUCGAGUCCGAGGACGCCAUGGAUCAAGAAAAUCAAACAGUAGUUGUCAAAUUCUGACGGUCUCUAGCCCAGUCUACCCGACCCUGGAUUCCAAGCCGCCCCUCAAAAGUUAAUUUGCCUUUAAGAGCAUUCAAAGAUGCUAUUAUUGUAUUUACAGUAUGUAACUUGAGUCACUGCCAGGUUUUCUCUAUUUCUCUCUCAAUUGUGAAUAAAGAUCGUUAUCUCAGUCA